UCUCUAAAAAACUUCCCAGAGAGCUACAUCAAUGGCUGACCAAGGCUUCCUCUACGACUUCCUAAAAAACCCCACCACCGAGAAACAAACCCACCAAUCUUCUCGAGUCUUCCCGUGCCUCUACUGCUCUCGCCAGUUCUACACCUCUCAAGCCCUCGGCGGCCACCAGAACGCCCACAAGCGCGAACGCGCCGCCGCGAGAAAGCCCUUCUCAGGCGACCCUGCUCCAACCACCGCGGACCCAGGCUAUUACAGUAAUAACAACAAUACCCAGAUGAUCAACGACGUCCCUUCUUUUGCUGCUGCGGCGGUGGACCCAAACGCUGCUUACUGGCUCGAGCCUAACCGAUUCCCGUACUUCCAGUACGGCUCCGGCUCGGCCCACCUGGGCGUCUAUGGCGGCGGCUCGACGUCGACUCCCGACUCUCUCUCCCCUACCGCUGACGACAGCGUAAACCUUGACCUUUCGCUCCGUUUGUAAUGUGUCCUGUGUGAAGUUUGAAA